CAGCAACUAGCAGUUUGAAACAGUGCUUUUAACAGUAUAGUGGGUAGUUGCAGAUUGAAAGCUUACGUUGUGUUAACAGCGGAACAAAUACCUUUAAAAGUCUUCUGAGAAGAUGUCAUCUGAUGAAGGGGAGCAACAUAGUCCAGUUUUACCAAGAGAUUCAGACAGAGGCAGCUCAGUUUCUUCUGCACUUCAGGAUGAGUAUGAAGAACUUCUUCGGUAUGCUGUUGUAACUCCUAAAUAUGAACCGAGUUUCUCAUCACUGCCAUUGAGCACAACUCAACUCUCCAAGAGUUUGCAGCAUACUACUUACAGAGAAACACCUGCUCAACACACGGCAGAUAAUAAAGGGCAUUCAAACAACAGGGCUACACCAACUCCGUCAUUAGAAGAAUCCAGACCACCAAGUCGCACAUCUGAAGUUGAGAGCAUGGCAAACAGAUCUGUGUCAUCUGAGGAAAGAUCAGCGAGGUCAGACAGAUCAGGACAAAACAGUCCUGAUGCUCUGACCACCGUCAUGACUGAGAUGUUUAUCUCAGAGGAAAACCUGAACAAGAUGGAGGACAUUUUGGAUACCUGGAGCACAAACCUAAAGAGUAAUGUGAUGAUGGAGCUGAGGAAGUGGAAACUGGCUUUUAUGGAGCAGCACAGACUGGAGCUUAAGAAGGAGAGGGAGAAACAUGCAGCCCAUAUGGCUGCUGUAAAUGCUGAGAUGGAUGGUCUCAAAGACCUGCUCAACACCUACAAGAUCUCUAACCAGAGAAAAGAUGAGGUGAUAGCGAAUCUGAGCAGGGCAGUUGACAGGCAGAGGGAGAAGCUGGAGCUGAUGAGGAGUUUCACCCAGUGGAGACUACAGCAGUGUGCUGCCAGAGAGGAGGCGCAGGGGGACAGACUGGCCGAGCAGCACUAUCAUUUGCAGCUCAAGAAGAAGGUGUGGGCAGGCUGGCACUCGCUCAUCCAGAACAGGUGGCGGGAGCGUGUGGAGAGAGCAUGUUGUGCCAGAGCAGAAGACGUCUGCAUGCAGCUCUCUACAGACUACGAGGCCAAGAUGGCACAGCAUGUAGAAGAGCUCCAGAAAGCUCAAGCUGAAAUCCACAGGCUGCACACGGAGCGAGAGCGCUAUGAGGACUCUAUGAAGAAAGCUUUCAUGCGUGGGGUCUGUGCGCUCAACAUCGAGGCCCUUAGCAUGUUUAACACUGGAGAAGCGGGUAGACUGGAACGUGAUGGUCCACUUCCAGGGGAUGAGCCAAGCACCAGCUCAAUGGCCAAUCACCCUCCGCGGACUGUCUCGUCAUCCCGACUCAGCCCAGUUGUCAUGGAGAGUCCAAUCCAGCUGGGCCCCUCCCACAGUGUUACAGAGGAUGUAGAGGCGGAACAUUUUCUUUCUCAGCCUGGUUCAAGCACAGGCCCAAGAGCAGAAACUCUUCUCACAACCACAGUGGUGAAUUCUUCCGGUCCACCAGGGGGCAGUACAAACACCUUCAGACAGACAAGCGCACGGAUAGUAACAGCUAGCAAGCAAAAAGCCUCAAAGACCGUGACCGCUCGUUUGACAGGACGGGCAGAUCAUAACCGGACGGGCCGUCCCCCCGCGGCCCUGCAUGUCAUGGGCGUGGCUCCUCCCAUGAGUUCGGUUGUUGUAGAAAGACACCACCCUGUCACUCAGCUCACUGUUGGCCAGGCAAUGGCAGCGAAGUUCCCUCGCUCUGCUCUUCAGAGUCAGACUGUCUCCAGUAGCAAGAGCUCCUCCAGCCAACCCAGAGGCCCCUCCUCCUCCGCCUUUCACAUCCACUCCAUCAAAGUUGUGGACUAACACACACACAGACUCAUUCAUUUAUCUGUCUGGUCUUGAGUCUGGAUUUUGUAAUUUAAUAGUAUUUGAUUUGUUAAGUUAAAAGGCUUUGAAUUAGAUUAAAGAGAUAGUUGACCCAAAAAUGAAAAUUCUGUCAUUCUCACCCUCAUUUUGUUCCAAACCUGUAAGGCCUUUGUUCACCUUAGGAACACAAAUUAGCAUGUUUUUGAUUAAAUCUGAGAGCUUUCCGACCCUGCAAUGACAGCAUCGCAACAGAAAGCUCUCAGGAAUUCAUCAAAAAUAUCUUAAUUUUUUUUUCAAAGAUGAAUGAAGGUCUAACGGGUUUGGAACGAGAUGAGAGUGAGUAAUUAAUGACAGAAUUUUCAUUUUUGGGUAUACUAGCUCUUAAUACAUUUUUAGGACUACACUUUAUUUAUUUUGAUAACAUGAAAUGACCGUAAGUUGUUUUUAUACUGAAAUUGCCAAAAUUUUAACUGAAGAAUCAUUAUUUAUUACGUGAUGUGGUUUAAUUAAUUUAUUAAAGUUGUUUGUCGCCAUUUACUUUAUAAUGUUUUACAAAGCCAUAAUCAAAAUCUGCAACAAUUUUCGGAUUUGUUGUUUCAGAUCAGUCAGCUACUGUAUUAGUUUGUACUGUACCAUAAUCCACAGGUUGUACCAAAGUUAAUUGCUGGAUCUUCAUGUGUGUCAAUUAGAAAUUAAAGUGUUGUUUUUAGUUCA